UAUAUCAGCUGAAAAUUUAAAAUUGUGAUUGCCAUAAUUUUUUUUAAAGCUUGAUUAAACCGGCAAAAUAUUUAUUACAUUGUCGUCAAAUGGAUUUGCUACAGGUGAAUAUGGUGGAUCCUUCUGAAAUUUAUCGCCCUGAAAAGAUAAAUAUUGAAAAAUUUCGAAAUUAUGAUGUAGAAAAUGGUUGCCCUCCUCACGUUAAAGCUACGUAUUACAAGAUGCAUUCCUUGCAGACACUCGAUUUUGUCAAAGAAAUGCACAAAAAAUGGCUCAAAUUCGACAAAAUACAGCUGACAUUAAUGGAGGCCUUGGAGCUCAUGAAUAAAAUCGUGGACCAAAGUGACCCCGAUACUUCGCUACCGAAUAUAAUUCAUUCGUUUCAAACUGCCGAAAGAAUCAGGAAAGGAUAUCCGGAUUUAGAUUGGUUCCAUCUCACGGGUCUAAUUCAUGACCUCGGCAAAAUAAUGGCAUUUUAUGGCGAACAUCAAUGGUGCGUUGUGGGUGACACCUAUCCCUUGGGUUGCUCUCCCUCUCCCGACAUCGUAUUUGGGCCGAAAAGUUUUUCUUCGAAUUCCGAUUUUCGCGAUCCUCUAUACAACUCUAAAUACGGUAUAUACAAUCCUCAUUGCGGAUUAGAUAAUCUUAUUAUGUCAUGGGGUCACGAUGAAUACAUGUACCAAUUUCUCAAAUAUAAUCAAAACACUCUACCUCAAUUAGCUCUCGAUAUCGUGAGGUUUCAUUCCUUCUACCCCUGGCACAGCGCUGGUCAGUAUUACCACCUGUGCAAUGAAAGCCCGGAUUUGGCGGUAACUCUUCCCUUCGUCCAAACUUUCAAUCGCUUCGACUUGUACACUAAAUCCGACAAUCCCCGAGACAUACCCGACCUGGAAAGUCUUAAACCUUAUUACGGUAGUAUAAUCGCCAAAUACUUCGAGGACGCCGAUAGGAAAUUAUUUUUUUGAUCUGACAUAUCCUUCCAUAAAAAUUUUAAAAAGAUUUAAUUUAUUUAAAAAUUAAAAUAUUAUUUUUUUAAAGAAUUUUUUAUAUUUUAAUAUAUUCACAAUUACCAAAAAAAAUAUUUAUUUUUUUUAACCCUCUAUUCUCAAUGCAAAAAUAUUCGAUAUUAUUUAUCAAAUUGUAUUUUUUUUUUAAAUUCAAAUGCAAAAAAAAAUAACAAUGAAUAUUUAUAAAUAUAUAUGUAUAUAUAAUAAUAAUCUUUAUUUUACUUUUAAAUCAACCGUCAAAUAAGUAAUAUUUGCUCACACUUUUAUUUAUACAUUUCAUUAUAUUUUUUUUUGAUAGGGAUGUAAUAUAAUUCAAUAUAAUAAAUCGAUAUAAUCUAACAUAUUUUAUUUACACGAAAAUUGUUUAUGAAUA